AUGCAAAUUUUCGUUAAAACCCUGACGGGGAAGACUAUAACCCUCGAGGUUGAGUCUUCCGACACCAUCGACAAUGUCAAGUCCAAAAUUCAAGACAAGGAAGGCAUUCCUCCGGACCAGCAACGCCUGAUCUUCGCCGGCAAGCAACUCGAAGAUGGCCGCACGCUCUCCGACUACAACAUCCAGAAGGAAUCCACCCUCCACCUCGUCUUGCGCCUCCGCGGUGGUGCCAAGAAGCGCAAGAAGAAGGUCUACACCACUCCCAAGAAGAUCAAGCACAAGCGCAAGAAGACCAAGUUGGCUGUCCUCAAGUACUACAAGGUCGACGGCGAUGGAAAGAUCGAGCGCUUGAGGCGCGAGUGCCCAACCAAGGAGUGCGGUGCCGGUGUUUUCAUGGCGGCUAUGCACAACCGACAGUACUGCGGUCGUUGCCACUUGACCUACGUCUUUGACGAGUCGAAAUAG